AUGCUUAGAGCCCUCGCUUCGGAGGACAAAUUCCCGAUUGAAAGGCGCGGGCCGCGCCCGGACGGUGGGGGGCAGGCUGGAGCCACUGGCUUGCAGACGUCCUGCGGAGUUCGGUCAAGCUCCGUCGUGAAGCAUCACGGUUUCACUUAUGGCACAGGCAUCUGGGUCCGGGGUUGCUUCAUGGCCGACCCCGCCCAGGAGCUUUUCUUCUCUGAACUUCAGCCAUGGAUCGGAGCAGAGCCCACUUUGCCAUGGAUGCUAGUGGAAUGCCAGGUCUGCUUCAAAGCUCCUCUUUACAUCGUCUUCCCAACGAAGUUCACCUACGUCUCUCAGAGCUUCAACGGCACAGACGUUCUUUCGGCUUUGGGGCUCUCGCAUGGAGACCUUCUGCACAGGCCUCAAGGAGGAGCUCUGGGACAUAUGGGCUUGGUGAGCGGGGGCGAGAUAUCGAAGCUCGCUGAAAUCAAACCUCAGCAUCGGAUACGCCCGCAGCCUCGGCUACACAGCCGACGCGGCCCGAAGCUUAGAAGCCAAACCUUCCCGAAGCUUCACAAUCUGCAGCUUGGGUCUUGUGUGCGAGACAUGGGCCCGAACGAGCGGAGAGCUCGGCAGGGGGACAGGCAUCUGGGCAAUGCUGCGGCCGACUUUCAGGGUUUGCGGGUUAGGGUUUAG